ACGUCAAACGAUGUAAACACGGCUUGCGUGACCGGUUUUUCCCUUAUCACUGCCGCAUUUGUCGCGAAAAUCAUAUCCGUGACCUUUUUCAAAAUAAAUUUGCACAGGAAAUACUCCUCAAAACAAAACUAGUGAGCAUGUUUUAUACUUUCCUGCGUGCACCGCAACGAUUUACCACCCUCAAACAUUACGUAGCGCGUUCGUACAGUGGUUCUGGUGGCAAACACCAUCGUUGGAGUUCCAAGCAAAUUCGGCAGCAAUUCGUUGAUUACUUCGUGCAGGAAAAUGAACAUCGUUUGGUGCGCUCCAGUUCGGUGGUUCCGUUCAGCGAUCCGACGAUUGCCUUCGUCAAUGCCGGCAUGAACCAGUUUAAAAAUGUGUUCCUGGGGACGGCGGAAGCGCCCUGUCCGAGGGCCGUGAACUCGCAAAAGUGUAUCCGCGUCGGAGGAAAGCACAACGAUGUGAGCGUCGUGGGAAGCGACGGGUACCAUCAUACGUUUUUCGAGAUGCUCGGGAGCUGGUCUUUUGGGGACUACUUCAAGCGGGAAGCUUGCCAAAUGGCGUGGCGAUUGUUGACCGAGGUUUACGGAAUAGACCCCAGACGACUGUACGUGAGCUACUUCGGAGGUGACGAAGCAAUGGGAUUGCCUGCGGAUUUGGAGUGCCGGGACGUUUGGGCUGGUUUGGGCAUUCCUCCAGAGCGGAUUAUCCCAUUCGGGGCACGGGACAAUUUCUGGGAAAUGGGGAAUUCGGGCCCAUGUGGACCCUGCACGGAAAUUCACAUCGACCACUCGGAUCGAUUUCUGGAUACGGAAGGCAGAAAGCAUUUAGUGAACGCCGGUGUGCCGGAUUUGACUGAAGUAUGGAACAUAGUAUUUAUCCAGUAUAACCGCAAUUUAGAAGACGGUCGAAUCAAUGAUCUACCUCAAAGGCACGUGGACACGGGGCUGGGCUUGGAGCGAUUGGUUGCCCACCUUCAGAACAAGAACAGCAAUUACGAUACGGAUUUGUUUGUUCCUAUAUUUGAUCGUAUACAAAAGGUAACAAAAAAAGACGGAUAUCAAGGCAUAUUUGACUCAACAGACCCACGAUGUCCAUUGGAUACUGCUUACCGGAUUGUUGCGGAUCAUACCCGAAUGAUAACUGCUUGCCUAUCGGAUGGAAUGUUUCCCUCUCAAAAUCACAAACUGCGCCGGAUUUUGAGACGAUCGUUGUCCUUGUCGGAACGAGUGUUCUCCUCUCCAUCGUUACUCCAAGAACUGAUUCCAGUGGUGGUGGGAAUACUGGGUGACACCUAUCCCGAAAUGCAUAAAAAGCUGCAGCAAACGCAACAGAUUAUCCUACACGAAGAGCAGUCCUAUCAACAGCUUCGUUCGAAUUUGUCUUCCGACUCGCGAGCAUUGCUCAAAGAAUAUUCAUACUUUGACGAGGCAGAAGUGACCGAUCAUCCCGGUUUGCCAUACGCGUUGAAAGAAAUCAAAAGACUAAAGGCGAAACAAGGUUUACGUCUGUUAGAUGGAGAAAUGAUUCACAAAAUGUAUGAUACGUACGGAUUGGAUGAAGACUUGCUAGUUAAAAUUGGGGAAUUCGAACAUCUAGAGCUGGAUAUCAAAGGCUACAAUUCAUAUUCUAAGCUUAUUAAAGAAGGAGCCAAACUAGAACUAGCAGCUCGCCUACAAGAGAGUCUGAACACUUCCCAAGGACUAAGUCAAGGGUUGAAUCAGAAGCAACAAUGUCCUACUCGAAACGAGUACAAGUACAAUUAUACGUAUAACAAAGACAAGCGUUUGUAUGAGAUUCCAAAGUUGAAAACCAAGAUUACCUCAAUAGUCACGGCCGAUGGAGAGGAGAACGCCCUUUGCCACGUGAUAACCGAAAAGAGCAAUUUCUAUUUUGAGUCCGGCGGUCAGCAGAGUGAUCGAGGAAGUCUAGCUCUGGCGACCGACCCCACAACACCGUUCCGAGUGAAAUCCGUCGGGGAGCAUCAAGGAUUCGUGAUACAUUCCGUAGAUAGAAGGGCAGCGGAAAAGUUGUCCGUUGGCGAUGAAGUCAUUCUAACGGUCGAUCCGAUCAUUCGAAGCUCCAACAUUGUGCAUCACACGGCCACGCAUUUGCUGAAUGCUGCGGCUCGAAGCGUUCUAGCCGUUCCGAUGUGCCAGAGAUCGAGCUACGUAGGCGACAAAGGACUCAAGCUGGAACUGGCAGUUUGUGGCGCCAAGAUCGGACCCGACGAGGUAGACGCAAUGGAACAGCAGAUUCGACAGUGCAUCCGACAGAACGAACCGGUCAGGGUGCGCGUGUGCAAUGCCAGCGAGGUCGAUUUGGAUAAGGUCACCAUGAUCCCCGGUGAGGUGUACCCGGAAAAGGGUCUCCGUCUUGUAGAAAUCGGCCAGUCUACCUCAACUGAGUUCUGCUGCGGUACGCAUGCCCAAUCCACGGGACAAUUGCAAGACUUUUGCAUCACCAACGUGUCCCAAAGCAAAUCCGGCUGUUACACGUUCUUUGCCAUUGCCGGUCAAGCUGCCAUCAAAGCACAUCAGCUGGGAGCCCAGAUCCAAAACGACGUAGGCCAGCUAAAACACGACAUGGAUCAGCAGCUGAGCAGGGACAUGACCAGUCUUGAAGCUCGUAUGCAACGGUUGAAAAAUGUCCUGCUGGUCGGUUCGGAAAACAACAUUAACCUUCCGCACGCCAUCCGGCAGCGCUGCCUGGACGUGAUAAACGAACUCUACAGGCGAUUGAAAGAUCACACACGUGAGUCGUUGCGCGAGCUGAUUGAUCUCGAGAUGAAAAAUCUCCAGCAAGAGUAUCCCCUGGCGUCGAAUCCAUUCAUUGUGCACUUUUUAGAGAGUUCCAUCAUUCUGGAGGAAGUGCAGCUGAGUAAAGCCACUCGGUACUUUCCGGAUCGACCCAUUCUAGUGAUCAGCAUCACCGACGAUCAGGUGAAAGCUCGUGCUACUGUCCCAGCCACUUGCGUUAACGAGCGAUUCGACGCUCAGAAAUGGCUCAGAACGGUGGGCACUGUAUUCAAGUCCGCGGUGGCCGCACCGAAGGGACAAAAUCCGGCGGAGGUUUGCAAUAUGAAGAGUAGGAAGGUGAAAACGUUGCAAUUCGAAACGUUGCUCGAACGGGCGCUCAAAGAAGCAUCCGAAUUUGCCAGAGUAAAUCUGCAGUGAGAGAUUGCAUGGCUAACUGGCUAAGUAAAUGUUGACUAGGUUUAUAGUUUCAGAGUAUGAAAGAUACUUAAUUUUCUAAGAAAAUCAAAA